AUGCUUCUCAGCAAUUCCAAUCAGCCAGGAAUCACUAUGAAUGUAACUAUGUCAGUUCCUAAUGCUAAGGGAAUAAUUACUGCAGCUCCAAGAGAUUCUCUUUUGCUCAAGCCCAACCGUUUAUCUUCUCUUAGUUCACUCCAUUCUCUCCAGUGUGGUAGCAGUAAUAUUAGAGUUCCUGUGACGAUUAGAAUUAGACCAGAGAAGUUUUGGCAAGUGCUUACUGUCAGGAAUGAAGUGCCGCAAAAUGCUGACUUUCCUCGGCAGUAUUCGAGAAAAGAGAAGAAACCUUUUCCAGUCCCCAUUGUAGAACUGCGACGAGCAGCUAGGGAGAGGAUGAAGAAUAUGAAAGAUGAGCCUAGAAAAUCGAUGUCAGCACCUAAGAAUGGGUUGCUGGUGAAGAGCCUUAUACCGACUGCCUAUAAUGUGUAUAAUGCUAGGAUCACUUUGAUUAACAAUCUGAAGAAGCUGCUCAAAGUAGUUCCUGUGCAUGCUUGUGGGUGGUGCAGUGAAAUCCAUGUAGGACCUGUUGGACAUCCAUUCAAGUCAUGUAAAGGCGCACAGGCCAACGUCCGCAAAGGGCUCCACGGAUGGACAAAUGCAUACGUAGAAGACAUAUUAAUACCAAUUGAAGCCUAUCACCUCUUUGAUCGCCUUGGAAAGCGGAUUGGUCAUGAAGAGAGGUUCCAAAUCCCUCGAAUUCCAGCCGUGGUUGAGCUCUGCAUUCAAGCUGGUGUUGAAAUUCCAGAGUUUCCCACAAAAAGGAGAAGAAAGCCUAUCAUCCGUAUUGGGAGGAAGGAAUUCAUCGAUGCUGAUGAAAGUGAUCUUCCCGAUGAAGACCCAGAAGGCCCUUUAAAACCAUUACUAGCUGAAAUACCAGACUCAGAAACAGUUGCUCCAUUGGAAAAUGAAGUAGUCCCUCUUGCCGAACAAACACUCCAAGCAUGGGAACGGAUGAGGAAAGGUGCAAAGAAACUGAUGAGGAUGUACAAUGUAAGGGUCUGUGGAUAUUGCCCAGAAGUUCAUGUGGGUGCCAAGGGUCACAAAGCUCAAAACUGUGGAGCCCAUAAACACCAACAACGCAAUGGGCAGCAUGGUUGGCAGUCUGCGGUUCUGGAUGAUUUGAUCCCACCUAGAUUUGUGUGGCAUGUUCCUGAUAUAAACGUGCCUCUAGAUCGAGAGCUUAGGAAUUUUUAUGGGCAGGCACCUGCUGUAGUGGAAAUGUGCAUUCAGGCUGGUGCUGCCUUACCGGAACAAUAUAAAUCGACCAUGCGGCUGGAUGUGGGGAUCCCAACAACUUUAAAAGAAGCUGACAUGGUUGUUUGA